AUGGCGUCCAGCAGUAACUGGCUGUCGGGGGUGAAUGUCGUGCUGGUGAUGGCCUACGGGAGCCUGGUGUUUGUGCUGCUAUUUAUUUUUGUGAAGAGGCAAAUCAUGCGCUUUGCAAUGAAAUCCCGAAGGGGACCUCAUGUCCCUGUGGGACACAAUGCCCCCAAGGACUUAAAAGAGGAGAUUGAUAUUCGACUAUCCAGGGUUCAGGAUAUCAAGUAUGAACCUCAGCUCCUUGCGGAUGAUGAUGCAAGACUCCUACAGCUGGACACCCCGGGAAAUCAGAGUUGUUACAACUAUUUAUACCGGAUGAAAGCUCUAGAUGCCAUCCGUGCCUCUGAAAUCCCAUUCCAUGCUGAAGGCCGGCAUCCCCGCUCCUUAAUGGGCAAGAAUUUCCGCUCCUACCUGCUGGAUCUUCGGAACACUAGCACUCCGUUCAAGGGCGUGCGCAAGGCCCUCAUCGACACCCUGCUGGAUGGCUACGAGACGGCCCGCUACGGGACGGGGGUCUUCGGCCAGAGAGAGCACCUGCGCUACCAGGAGGCCCUGAGUGAGCUGGCCGCAGUGGUCAAAGCACGAAGUGGGAGCUCGCAGCGACAACAUCAGUCAGCAGCCAAAGACCUAACCCAGUCUCCUGAAGUUUCCCCAACAACCAUCCAGGUGACAUACCUCCCCUCCAGCCAGAAGAGUAAACGUGCCAAGCACUUCCUUGAAUUGAAGAGCUUUAAGGACAACUAUAACACUCUGGAGAGCACUCUGUGA